AUGGCUAGCCUCGAACCCACGCCCUUAAAUUUGCUACAGGCGGAAGGCCCGGCGGAGCUGCUUAGCCGCAUCGAUGAACUCCGAAAUUUGGGUUUUCGACAUCGAAUCUGCCUACCUCAGCUUGUUAUCUGUGGCCAUCGGGGCUGUGGGAAAACGUCUGUCUUCCAGGCAAUCACCGGUCUAUCAUUUCCUGUAAGCCAUACCGUCCGCACCCGAUUCGCAAUAGAAGGUAUUUUUCGAAGAUCAGCCGAAGUUUCGACUUCAGUGAGAAUACGACCCGGCCCAAAUGCCUCUCCCGACCACAAACACAAGCUCCAAACCUUUUCGGCGCAGCAUAACUGGCUUGAAAACGUUUCCGAAUUUCUUGAAAAAGCCGAACAAUAUAUAGGUUUAAACGAAGAACGACGUUUUUCGCAGGAUACCUUGCAGCUUGAGGUUUCGGGCCCUACACUUCCGGAUUUAACGGUUAUUGAUUUACCAGGUCUCAUCCAAGAGCCUGGUGAUAAUGAGACAGUAGAAGAUGUCGCCUUAGUCAGAGAACUUACGGAGUCCUAUACGAACAAUCCGCGAAGCAUUGUUCUGGCUAUCAUUUCUGCAGAUAUACCUCUUCGCCAGCAAUCUGCCCUUCAGCUGACUGCGUCCUGUGCGUCAAGGACAAUGGGCAUUAUCACAAAGGCUGAUAAGUUGGACCCAUGUUCUUCUGGGUUGACUACCUUGUAUGCACGUGUAAAGCACCAAGAUACACCACCGAACCUUGGGUGGCAUGUUUUGAAAAACAUCGAUACUGAACACAAGGGAUCAUUUGGGUUAAGUCGGGACGAAACUGAGAGUCUCUUUUUAAGCAGCUCUACGCCGUGGAAAUCUCUUUCGCCAAAUGCAGUGGGAAUAGAUUCCCUUAGGGAUCGUUUAAAUAAGAUAUUAUUGAGCCAGGUUGAACUGCAGCUUUCAAUGUUAUCUUCCGAGAUCCAAAAGGAACUUGAAAUCCAGAGAGAAUCGCUGCAGAGGUUAGGUCCGGACAUGUCCACGCCGGCGGAGCGUCGAUUCCAUAUUACCAGCAUCGGGGAAACGAUCCAAACAUUCACAAGGGACGCUGUCCUAGGCGAAUACUCCGAUUCCUAUUUUCGACAGCGCUCGAAUCGGUCAGUAAGACGGCUCCGCUCGAUAAUCCGAAAAUGGGCUGAAGAUUUUGCUGUGGAUAUGAGGCAAAGGGGCCAUAGCCACUAUAUAUAUGAUAAUCCUACGAUGAGCAUUGCGCCAACGCUAGGAUUUCCUGAUGAUCCGCAACCCAUGUUAAAAUCUGAGUAUAUCCGUGGAAUUCACCAGCUUCUGAAAUCCAAUAAUGUUCGAGGAAUAACCGGACUGGCGAAUUCUCGUAUCAUCGGUGAAUUAUUUAUACGACAGUCCUUAAAAUGGGACAAGAUAACAAAAGCCCACAUAUCAGAAAUUUGGAAGAAAGUGAAGCAGUUUCUAGAUGAACUCCUCCAUCAUAUCGCCGGUCCCCACACUAGCAAAGCUAUUAUGCGGGAGAUUAUUAACCGGGAAAUGGAAGAACGGCUACGGAAAACCAAUUCUAAGGUUGAUGAACUGUUGAAACCGUACAAGAGAAUGAUACCGUCAACUCUUAACGAACAGCUGAGCUUUAGAUUACGUCAAAUUCAACGCAAAAGCUCUGAGAAGGCGGAUCCUAAUGAUAUCUCGGAUGACGUGGACCUUUCGCUUUGCGAUGAAAUUCUCGAUUGCAUGCAGGUGUAUUAUGCCACCGCUCUUGGGGUUUUCCUCGACAAUAUUGCGGGGUUGGCUAUUGAAAACUGUCUUUUGGAUGGGAUUGAAAGCAUCAUGUCACCAACUCGGAUUUCACAAAUGACAGAUAACGAAAUUGAACGUCUCGCAACUGAUUCCAACGAGGUGAGGAAUGCCAGGGCUGCAACUGCAAGAAAGGUCAAGGUUUUUGAGGUGACUGCAGCGGCUUGUACACGAUGUCAAAUGGCGGCUUUGGAGUCUUCCGCGCAGAAUUAUACUACAUCAUCGGAUAUUAGCACCCCAAACUCUCCUACUUUUGGAUCCGAUUUUUCAUCACAAAAGGAUUCCCCUUCUUCUUCCGAGGUUGAGUUUUUUGAGAACACGCCAGUUCGUCGAUCACUAUCCAGGGGUAUGAGACACAGGAGGUCCAGCAGUUCCCGCGGUGUUUUGAUGUUUCCUGUACCCAUUCGGAUAGAAGAAGUGCCCCCGAGCACUGCUGAUAAACGCCCUUCUUCUUCCAUCGGAUCCAACCCCCCGUCUCCAGCACGACCCCCACCCUUUGAGCCUCGGAAGCCAUCCUCCCGACGGUUGUCCGUGGGUGCAUCUCGGGUUCAAGCAGUGCCUGAUCGCCAACCUACCCCUGACCUUUUACACCCUGGAAAUGCUAGCCCUAGUCGUAUAUACACACACGGGCGAGCCGUCUCAGCGGAUAAGAUCGUUUCAAGGUCCCAUGAUCUAUUGAGUCCCGCUAGUUUUUCCUUCGAAGCGUCGCAACAUAGGCGUGCUCUCUCUGUGGAACGGAUAAUGCCACCAUUGCCUGAAACCAUGGCCCCAAGCUCUCGGCAUAUGCGAGCUUGGUCGGCGGAAAAGUUCACUACUUUACCGGCCCCACCACCGAGAAGCCCUGCCCGGCGAACGCUCUCCCUUUCUAUCCUUCCUGGCCCAAAAAAUAAUGGAUUUCGCCCUCUGCAAAGACGGCUCUCCAAGCUAAAGCCAGUAAACAAAGCUAAGAGGAAAUCUAUACCGGAGAUUUCUUUGCCCUUUAACUUCCAUCACUAUGGCUCUGUGGCAUCUAUGGAUUCUGCGAAGGCAGUCUGA